CUGAAUAUUUCGCGGCAAAGUUAAAAGUUGAGUAAAUAUGGUCUUUCCUCGAAGUUGGAUGAUUUUAAUUUCUUGUCAUAGAGUACAGUGAAGUAUCCAAUGCUGGCUUGUAAAUAUUCAGUUAUUUUAAAUAUUUUCACUUUAUGAGAGACGUUACAAAUCCAUCCAACCGUGCCAGUGUUGGUGCGCCCCCAUCGUAUCAAAUUGUAUACAAACUGAAAAAAAACCCCAUCACAGUCAUCAUUUCACAGGCUGCAUAUAUAUGAGAAGAUUUUCCAGAGUGUUCCCAUGAUACAGUGUUGUACAUGACUCUCCUUUGGAACAUUUGACUGGUGGUCUAGCGAUAGAGAGUCCAUGCCAUGCCAUUGAGGAUUUUAGAAACCUGAGUACAGUGUAUCUGUCCUGGAACUUGUAGAAGUGAAAGAUUUCUAAAUGAGCAUGGAUGAGAACUCAAUCACCCCUCCCCUGUCACCAGACAACCCAUACAGACUGGACAUUGAGGACAGUGAUAUGAUGUUUGCUGACGACUUGGCCAGGCAGUUCCCAUCCACUCCAGUACACUUCCCAGAUGAGGGCCAGCAGAUGGAAGUGCAGGAACCAACUCCAACAUAUACAAGCCAGCGACCAUUCUCUUGUCAUAAUGUCAAAUCUUCACCGAAGCAGCUAGAAAGUUUCCUGAAGACUAUUGAGUCGACCUACGUACCUGACCUAGAUAUCAUGGUGGAGUUAUUCAGUCAGCAGUUUGUCACUUGUCAACUGGAGCAGAACCUGGAUAAGCUUUCCUUAUUUCUUAGUCAGUGGAUUUGUCGGAUACAAAACAAAAACCCAUCACCAGCAUCAGAAGUACGGCGAUGGAGACAAGAUAUCGUCAGCUUUUAUGUUUUCUUAAAAUCCUACGUGUUGAGGUACAAUGGAGUUGACAACCAGUUACCUCCCCUGUUGAACUCUCUGCUUUCACUCAUGCAUGGCGCCUUAUUACAUGUAGACACACCCACCCAGAUACAUUUCGACUGCAUGUCCAGGGUUGACAGUUGUGAAUACAACAGUUUCCAUCUCUGCCUAGAUGUAUACUGGGAAACACUGGAACUUCUAUGUCUCAUAGUGUACAAGUUUCAAGAUCUGCCCUAUAGACAGUCUUUGAUCCAGUGUUGUGGGAGGGAGGAAGAAGAUCACAAGUCUAUGUUUACACAGGUGGUGCAGUUAGUCCUGUGGGAACUUGUCACACUGGCUCAGCAGGCAUACAGCAAGGUGUCUACAAAGGAAGCUCUGGAGACGAGUCCAUUCCCGUGUCCUUGUGUGAAAGAGAUGUGGACCAUGUGUGAAGUUCUUCUCCGACAUAGGAACUCAAACUGCUCUGAACAGCUGCUCUGGGUUCACAUCAACAACAUGCUGCAGAUCCUGCAAGAGGAUGAGGUGUCAGGAAACACAGAGAUGGAGAUAGAUUCCAAUGUUUUUGUGUAUCCAGCCACUUCUCUAGUUAUCAAAGACAAGACUGGCUUCUGUCUGUGGUUAUCAACUAAACUGGCCGCACUUCAGAGUGAUUCAUCAAAUAGUCACCCUGUACAGCGUACAAGUGACAGUAGUUACCAAGAAGUGAUGGCCGCUCUUAGAAAAUCCCUUGCAAAGACGGAUCUAUCGGAGUCAGACCUACGAUUUUACCUACAGUGUUGUGUUAAUCUUGCGGAGCACUGGAAACCACAUGUGGCGCUGUUGCUUCUCCUCUGGGAUCACUUCUAUCGCAAACUGAACAGCAAUUUCCAGUUAAACGUGGCAACAGUAGACGGUUUAGGCACUCUCAGCAAGAGCUCGCUAACUUUAUUAGAACAGUGCAAUAGACUUGGCUGUGGUCAGUACAAAUUUAAGCCUCAGGACACAAGUUUCCAGUUAUUUCUUGGUCUCCUUGGUAACCAUCUUCGCCACCUUCUUGACUCUGGUUCAAAUCAGGAAUGGAGACAGAUAAAAGGAAGAGUCUAUUCGAAAUUCCACAAAAGAAGGAUUCAGGAGCUGAUGGAGAACGGCUUUUACAACUUUACCUGUCUGUUUCUAUGUCUCGGCCUGGCUGCCGACACAGAGGAUGUUACUGGGAAAUUGUGUGACUUCUAUAACAUGGUGGACAUGUCAAGUCUGUCUCUCGGGACGACUCGGGUCAUGUGGCAGGGAAUGUUUGCCAUGGUGCACCUUUACCAGCAGAAAGAUCUGGACAUCUCUGUCCUGACCGACAGACUCGGCCAGGCCUUCAGCAGCACCUGUAUGGAAUUCUCGUGCGACGACCUUGACCCCAGACGUCGACACUUGCUAUGGAGACUUAUCCUGUUCUACAUAGAAAGCGUACAGGAAGUGUUUGAAUCCAGUUCCCAACUGGGACCCGCCUACUCACGACUUAUGUCGGAAGGGUUUAGCAGUGUCCUCAGCGGCUGUCGCAGUAAUGAGCUGGGUCCUGUCUUAGGUACCAUAGAGGUUGUGAUCACAUGUAUCAGGGAGACGAAGAAGAAAGCUGGAGCUGAGAAGAAUGUAGAAGAUGUGUAUAAUGUGAUAUGGACUAGCAUCCUGCCAGCUAUAAAAUCCCUGUCCUGCAGUCAGUCAGCCUCUCCCCUAUUGGCAGACACACUGGCGGGGCUCACCCUACUCGCUUUUGACAGCAAGAAGGAAAACUUUGUCAGUUUGGUGAAAUUUGUACAUGGUGGAACCAUCAACAGAAGUGUAUGCUGUCGGUUCUGGAGCCAUAUAUUACCAGCCGAUGGUGUGAUGACGGCUCUGUCCAGCAUGGUGCCAAACUACCAAACUGACCUCAUUCAAACCUGGGUCAGCAGCACAAUAUUUCUGCCAGCUCAAUCUUCACACCUCAUCACCAUGAACAGGUGUAUGCAGACUUUACCUGAAGUAAGAGACAUGAUGACCCAAGCUGGAAUUGGCCAGAGUGAGGCUACAGAAAAGACAACAUGUCUGCACUUCAUCAAAGCUAUAGACAUAGUCUACAACAAGACAACGGUGUGGAAGGAUAGAAUACAACUGCGUGAUAAGGCUAUGAACUACUUUUCUAAUAUUCUGCGACAGUUGUCCCCAAUAUUACAGAGUCUGAAGCCAGCAGAGACUCUUGCCAAUGCCUAUGCAGUGAUGGGAUAUAUCAUUAAAUGUUGUGCACAGCUCCUCUUUGUCCAGGCCAAGCCUGACUGCCCUCUACCCAACAUCAUCAGUGCAAUGGUUGUACCUCACUUCCUGUUUAAUUCCGACAAGGCUGUCAGUCCAGUCUUCCUGGCCGUAGUAAGGGACCACCUUCACUUGUUUGUGCGAGGGUUAGGGCGUCUGGAUUACAAGAAAGCUCCUUACGUGCAGAGAAGGUUAAAAGACGUUGUCUCAAUUUAUAUCCCAAAGUUUUGGACAAGCAGUAGUUCUCUGUCAGUAGGUACGGCUUCAUCUGUACACCCACUGGUGGUAUCCCUGAAGGAAAGUUGUGUGCGACAACCUACGGAAGUAGCCCUAGAGUUCAGGCAGUUCAUAUUAGAAUCUGUAAUGGAAAAGUUUCUGCUUCCCUCCCAGUUUACACUACCACCAAACCACCACUUGGCUUUGAUGUUCCUGAAGGAGAUAAUUGGUAGGACUUACUGUAAGGAUGUAGCAGCAAGGGAUACAACGACUGUCCUAGGUGGUGUGCUCACUGUAAUGGUGUUAUCCGAUGUACAGUCCACAUACCAGUGUGCCCAGAAGAUAGCCACCAAUCUCCUCGAAGGCUGCAAAGUUUCGGCUACAACCACAUUAACCGAUGUGGCCGCAACACUGGAAGCAUUCAUAACCGUCCACAAGAAGACCCACCUUGACCACUGUAUCCAGGCAUUGGACAAGGUGUCGAAAUCAGGGGGCAUCUUUAUAAGGAACAUUCUUCCCAAAAUACAGCACUACAUUGUGGAGCACGAGUCUCACAGAGGAGUCGGGUCCGAUUCCAAGCUCAGACAGAACUACACCAACCUAUCAAGAAAUGUUAGCUGUAAGCCACCAGGUGAUACUUGACAGGGGCCGCUUGUCAGAACAUAUGAACUAUUUACGUACUGUAAAUGCCAAUACUUUAUAACUAACUUGAAUGCAUGUAUAAGGUAACAGGCUAUAUUCCGUCUUUGCAUAUUGCAGAGUUAUCUUCUCUUGGGAGCAGGUAUUGA